UUAAAAAACAGCGAAUAGACGUACAAAGAAAAAAGCUUUUUAUUUUAUUAAUUAUUUAACAUCUUUUUUUAUAAUAAAAUUGUGAAUAAAAUAAAUUUCAAAACAAAUUACAAACCAUAGUUAAAAAAUUUAUUCAAUAUGAGUUUCUCCAGCGAUGAAGUAAACUUCCUCGUUUAUCGCUAUCUUCAAGAAUCAGGCUUCCAUCAUUCAGCAUUUACAUUCGGAGUAGAAUCACACAUUUCCCAAAGUAAUAUCAAUGGAGCACUCGUACCGCCAGCUGCCUUGUUAACAAUCCUCCAAAAAGGUCUAAUGUAUACAGAAAUCGAAUGGAGUGUCGGCGAUUCCGGUGACGUCUCCCGCCCCAUCGAAGGUCUCAGUUUAAUCGAUGCUGUUAUGCCGGAAAUAAAAACACCCAAACCACCAGUCAAACCUGAAGUCAAAAAUGAACCAGUCAAAGUGGAACCAACGAUUAAAAUGGAAACAACUCCAUCGUCGGAAACGGCAGCUGCGAAUGGCGCCGAACAAGAAGCGACAGCGACUACAACAACCACAGCUACAACCUCCACACCGACAGUGACUUCUUCGACUCCGGUCACGACGCAAACUACAACAACCCAACAACAACAAGCAGCCCAGCAACAACAGCAGCAACAACAGACUCAGCAACAACAACAACAACAACAGCAAGCUCAACAACAGCAGCAAGCUCAACAACAACAGCAGCAACAACAACAGCAAUCCCAACAACAACAAACAACCCAAGGAACUGCCGAGUCGAUGGAAGUCGAUCAGAGUAUUGAAAUUCCAGCUUCCAAGGCGACUGUUUUGCGUGGUCAUGAGAGCGAAGUAUUCAUUUGUGCUUGGAAUCCAAGCCGAGAUUUGUUGGCUAGUGGAUCUGGAGAUAGCACUGCAAGGAUCUGGGAUAUGUCCGGCACACCGACGACUCCAAAUCAAUUAGUCUUGCGACAUUGCAUACAAAAAGGUGGAGCUGAAGUUCCCAGUAAUAAGGAUGUCACUUCACUCGAUUGGAAUUGUGAGGGAACUCUGUUGGCCACUGGAAGCUAUGAUGGUUAUGCUCGUAUCUGGACAACAGCUGGUGUUCUAGCUUCAACACUGGGACAACAUAAAGGUCCAAUAUUUGCCUUAAAAUGGAACAAACGAGGAAACUACAUCCUUUCGGCGGGUGUCGACAAAACCACAAUCAUCUGGGACGCAGCAACUGGCCAGUGCACUCAGCAAUUUUCAUUCCACAAUGCACCCGCUUUGGAUGUUGAUUGGCAAACGAAUUUGUCAUUUGCAUCCUGUAGUACUGAUCAACGUAUUCACGUUUGCAAGCUGGGAGUUGAGAAGCCAAUUAAGUCCUUCCAGGGACAUACGAACGAAGUGAAUGCCAUUAAAUGGGAUCCUCAGGGUCAACUUUUGGCAUCAUGUUCUGACGACAUGACAUUGAAAAUUUGGUCAAUGAAAAACGAUACAUGCGUGCACGACUUGCAGGCUCAUUCCAAGGAAAUCUAUACGAUAAAAUGGUCACCCACUGGACCGGGCACUCAAAACCCGAAUACAAAUCUGAUACUUGCCUCGGCAUCAUUCGAUUCGACUGUUCGUUUGUGGGAUGUAGAGCGUGGUGCAUGCAUUCACACUCUAACCAAACACACGGAACCCGUUUAUUCAGUUGCUUUCAGUCCCGAUGGAAAGCAUCUGGCGUCUGGUAGUUUUGACAAGUGUGUUCACAUUUGGAGCACACAAACAGGACAAUUGGUUCACAGUUACAAAGGAACUGGGGGAAUAUUUGAAGUCUGUUGGAAUUCGAAUGGCACAAAAGUUGGUGCCAGUGCUUCUGAUGGCAGUGUCUUUGUUCUUGAUUUGAGGAGAUUUUGAGAUACAACAAGCAGUAGCAGCGAAUAACUGCAAUAGGAUUAGAGAAAGCGGGAGAGGAGUCUAUUUUUUGCAUGAAAUUGACAAAUCAACAUAAUUUUUUUUUGUGAAAGCUAUAUAAAGUGCUUAAAGGUAUAUAAUUAUAUGAACAAUUAUUUAGAGAUUCGGAUUA